AUGCAGACACAAGCCGAAUAUCUUCCAAAGGAAUUAUGGCUUUCCAUUUUUUCUUAUUUGAAAGCACAUGAUCUAUUUACAGCUUUUACCAACUUAAAUAGACGUUUUGAUCAAUUACUUGCUUCUGAUUAUCUGACGUUUUAUGUUCAAUUGGAAAAACAAGUGAAUCGUUAUAUCCAAUGUCCUGCUAUUCCUCGUUGGCUUGAUGGAAUACUUAAUCGUAUCGUUUGUCUACAAUUAACAAGUCAAAGUGAACGUGAAUAUGUUCCUGAUUAUCUGCAUAGAAAUGCUCAUCAAUUCAUUCGAUUACAAUCAUUAAUAAUUACAAUAAACACACAUCAAACAAAACUCAUUUGUCAAAUUCUUAAAAAACUUCAUUCACUUGAAUAUCUAUCCAUAACAUGUAAAACAAUGCCGAUCUUAAUCAAAACUAUACUAAGUAUAUCUACUCUUCGUGUGUUUCAACUAACUGUUAUGGAUAUAAUAUAUUUCUUUGAUUAUCAUUUCAAUGUGAAAAGCAAUAUUGAAACAUUUUAUAUCAACUUUCCAAUUCUAUUUGAUUAUCAAUUCAUGAAUUUCUUGUUGACUAAUAUGCCGAAAUUAAAGCGAUUUGAAAUAUUUGGUGAUAAAUACCGUUGUUGGAAACCAGAUGAAUUGUUCUAUGGGCAAAUACUCAAUCUCUCGGCACUUCGAACUAUUAAAUUUCAAGGAGGAGUUCGAAAUCUUUCGUCAAUUUUUUACGAACACUUACAAAUGAAAGUUCCCGCUCUACGAGAACUUCAUAUGGAUAUUUAUUAUGUGAUUAUAGACGAAAAAAUGUUUUAUAAUUUAAUUUACAGUCGAUGGACAAUUUUAGAAAACCUUGAAAAGGUUCGUAUUAAUAUUACAGGUAUAUAUUUGAGAACAAUUGUGUCGAAACGAAUGAAUAAUUAUCGAAAAACUUUACUUGCAAAAAAUAAUAAAGUUAAUGAUUCUUUUAAGAUUAAAUGGAUAGAACAUCCAAAAGACUUUUCUGCUACAUUAGUUAUUGAAAAAACAAAAAUGAAUCGAUGA